GGUUACUAACUGGUGAAAGGAUCAAGUUCAUUCACGGUAGCAAGAAAUUCUUAACACACCGUAUACUACAAACAACAUAUAAUUAGUCCAAGCACUACUCCUUUUUGAGUCAAAGCUAUGACAGUCGAGCGACGGGACGAACAACGCAGAAUUUUAAGGAAAACCAGAGACCUCUACCUCAUAAUGAAGAAGCGUGCACAAAAUAUCAAUCUGGUUCACACCAGCUCGUAAAAACGAUAUUGGAUAUUAAAAUGACCAAGAUGCUUAUUCAAUGCUUCCGCUACGGUGGUGUGCACCCUUAAUCUGCAGGAAAUUAGUUGUUUUUCGGUUAAUAAGGUCUAUUGGCUCUCAGCAAAGGAAACGCGUAAAUGUCACAUUUGCUUGGAAAGACGGAAAUCAAAAAACAGUCCCGGCCAAAAUUGGUGACACCUUUUUGGAUGUAGUUUUAGAUAAUGACGUUGAUAUUGACGGGUUCGGUGCAUGUGAGGGCACCCUAGCCUGUUCAACGUGCCAUCUCAUAUUCCCAAAGGAGCACUACGACAAGUUACGUGAUCCUUUAACUGACGAGGAACAAGAUUUGCUAGAUUUAGCCUACAGCUUAACAGAAACUUCCCGACUUGGUUGUCAAAUCAAAGUGUCAGAAGAUAUGGAUGGUCUAGUUGUAAGCGUUCCAGAGUCUAUUUACGAUGCCCGUAAUUAAUAUCACACCUGCUCUAUCCAUCAUUCUGUUUGGAAAAGGUGUCACAUAUAUAGAUAGUUAUUCAACAGCGAUAUCAGUCUGUUUCAUAGGAUUCUGCACUCAAUAUAUGCAGCACAUGUAUACAAUUAAAACAAAGAAAUGUUUACAAAUCUUAAUGAUCUUCAUCUUUUCUGGAUAUGUUUCCACAAACUUGUAUGUUGUAUUGAUCUGUUGCAAUACUUUGCAGUCUUCCCCUAAUUUCCUGAUUAAUGUAGUUUAAUAGGAUAUUUCUUAUUAAAAAUUUUAUUAGCAGUAAUCAAUUAUGUACAGUGUCAAAAUAAUAAUAAAAAUGCUUAACACAGACGGAGUUCAUUUUGAUUUCUUUUUCUUCUCUGCUUCCACUUGAAAUUCAAAAUUUUUUGUUGGUUUUACUGCGUACAUUAUAUUGUUGCUAUUUACGUAUACAGGUAGCUUUUUUCCCAGACUGGAUGCGCUGUGGUACACAAUACAUCAUUGUGAUUAAUCCUAUUAUGAAUACAAUUUUAUUUAGAUAGAGUCACACAGUGUUAUGGCGUCGGUGGC